AUGCGGGGCAAGGUCGAUGAUUUCCAAGCCUAUCUAAGAAAUCAGGGCAAGAGAUUGACGAGGUACCUUAUCAAGAUCAAAUCAGGGCUCAUCACGAGGAGCCCCAGAAUCUUGGAAUGGAAGUCAUGGGUUUGGAAGAACCUCAACAUAGGGAGACACAAAGAAAACAUGGGAAGUGAAGGGAACAGCAUUGCCCAGCGUGGCAGCGUAGUUCUAACUCCCAGACGUUCAGCACAGCACUUCAGCAUCAGAACCACCCCCGAGAGGACCACUCCUCCACAGCAAGAAAACACCUCCGCAGUCGAUGCUCUUGAAGCUCGAGAACUUGAGUCAUCCUCGUUUUCUUUCAAGGGCACAUUUUCCUUCUCAACAAGCCAAGCAAGAGAUAAGCUACCAGGCUCUAAGUCUGCUAAGCAACACAAGGCCAUUAUCGGAUGCCGGAAUGCACCUCCAGCAAAGCGAUUCGACGCAUUCACCACUGGUUUCGGACACAGCAAACGCAACAUGAAUGAAAUUGACAGACCUGCCUUUGGAGUCAACAAGAAGAACUUUGAUGAGAUCGACCGCGCCGGCAUGGGCUUCGCCAAGCGCAACUUCGACGAAAUCGACCGUGCCGGAAUGGGCUUCGCCAAGCGUAACUUUGAUGAGAUCGACCGAGCUGGAAUGGGCUUUGCCAAACGCAACUUCGACGAAAUCGACCGUGCUGGAAUGGGAUUCGCCAAGCGCAACUUUGAUGAGAUCGACCGCGCCGGUAUGGGCUUCGCCAAGCGCAACUUUGAUGAGAUCGACCGCGCCGGUAUGGGCUUCGCCAAGCGCAACUUUGAUGAGAUCGACCGAGCUGGUAUGGGCUUCGCUAAGCGUAACUUUGACGAAAUCGACCGAGCUGGUAUGGGCUUCGCCAAGCGCAACUUUGAUGAGAUCGACCGCGCCGGUAUGGGCUUCGCCAAGCGUAACUUUGAUGAGAUCGACCGAGCUGGUAUGGGCUUCGCUAAGCGUAACUUUGACGAAAUCGACCGCGCCGGUAUGGGCUUCGCCAAGCGCAACUUUGAUGAAAUCGACCGCGCCGGUAUGGGCUUCGCCAAGCGUAACUUUGACGAAAUUGACCGAGCUGGUAUGGGCUUCGCUAAGCGCAACUUUGAUGAAAUUGACCGCGCCGGCAUGGGCUUCGCUAAGCGCAACUUUGACGAAAUCGACCGCGCCGGUAUGGGCUUCGCUAAGCGCAACUUUGACGAAAUUGACCGAGCUGGUAUGGGCUUCGCUAAGCGCAACUUCGACGAAAUCGACCGCGCCGGCAUGGGCUUCGCUAAGCGCAACUUCGACGAAAUCGACCGAGCUGGUAUGGGCUUCGCCAAGCGCAACUUCGACGAAAUCGACCGAGCUGGUAUGGGCUUCGCUAAGCGCAACUUUGAUGAGAUCGACCGCGCCGGUAUGGGCUUCGCUAAGCGCAAUUUCGACGAAAUCGACAGAGCUGGCUUCGGGUUCCUCAAGAGAGCCUUCCUGCCCAGGGGUAACCUCCUCAAGCGUAACUUCGAUGAAAUUGACCGAGCCGGGCUUGGUUUUAACCGACGUAGCUCGAACUAA